ACACGGGCGACCUGUUCGCGACAACGAGACCGCAGGCUGCCUGUCACUCCUUUCCCUCUCUUCUCCCUCUUCCAGACUCCUGUAUUUAUAUACCGCGUUGCGCCAUACCGGCUAUUUCUCAAUUUCGCCCUCAUCGCCUCCCGUUCUCUCAUAAGCCCGCCGCAAACCUCACCAGCAGCCAGUAUGCUCUCUGCGCUACAAAAUCCGCGGCAUGCCGCCGCGCAAUUGAUUAACUUCGGACUGAUUCUCUCGACCGCAUUCAUGAUGUGGAAAGGGCUCUCUGUCAUCGCUGACUCGCCGUCGCCCAUCGUUGUCGUUCUCUCGGGGUCCAUGGAGCCAGCCUUCCAACGUGGCGAUCUGCUCUUUCUGUGGAAUCGGAAUGUAUUUGAGGAGACAAAAGUUGGGGAGAUUGUGGUGUAUAAUGUCAAGGGCAAGGACAUCCCGAUUGUGCACCGCGUGGUGAGGAAGUUUGGGACUGGGAACCAAGCGAAGCUCUUGACCAAAGGGGAUAAUAAUGUAGCGGAUGACACGGAAUUGUAUGCGCGCGGACAGGACUUUCUCGAAAGGGAAGAUAUCAUUGGGAGUGUGGUGGCCUACAUACCGUUCGUAGGCUAUGUGACGAUCCUCCUCAGCGAACAUCCAUGGUUGAAAACAGUUGCCCUAGGAUUGAUGGGCCUUGUGGCGGUCCUGCAAAGAGAGUAGGGAGGAGGCAUACUUCAUGUUCACUCUCCAAUGGGAUGGGACGGCGUUCAGGGCGCGUACGUGGAGUGCUAUAUAUUAUGGAGAAAAGUCAUUGCAUAUGGGACAUCUUUGAACUAUUCUGAUCUAUCAGUAAAAAUAACUGCUUCUUGUCUAGAGGUGGACAAUCAUGAACUCUUUAAGCAGUGCACAAGGAUGAGCAACGUUAAGACGAUUGGUCUUUCUCUCAGAACACGUAUACACCUAUAGAGUAUUUUUUGUAAGAAAAGCAUCUAACAUCUCUAUUCAGUGUCCUGCAAAUGACG